AUGGUUUCUUCAAGCUUCAUUUUCUUCCUUUAUCCUAUAUUUAUACACACUUUUAACCCCACUCUUGCUCAACCAGAUUUUGUGCUGUAUCACUGUUCAGAUAGUGGUAACUACACCAGCAACAGUGCCUAUAGGGCAAACCUCAAUAGCCUCCUCACCUCCAUCUCUCUUAGCACCCAAACAAAUGACGAGUUUUACAAUUUCUCCAAUGGCGUAUACCCUGACAGAGUUUAUGCUAUUGCAUUUUGUAUAGGAGUUUCAAAACUAGACCACUGCCGUAGUUGUGUCAACGACACUACUCAUAAGCUCUUAGAAAUUUGCCCCAACCAGAAGGAGGCCAUCGGAUUCUACGACAAUUGUAGCCUUCAAUUCUCAAAUAACUCCCUAUUUGGCAUUAUGAAAAGCAGACCAAUGUUACUUGCUAUUAAAAGAGUAUAA